GCUUUCUGGGCUUACCUCCAUCCUCUUAUCCUGGAAGAGCAUCUCAGAAGAGACCAUAUCUUUCUCGCGAGCCUCUCCUGGUGGUACCAGCGACUGUCGAACACGUUCUGUCUACCCCAGCUGUGCACCGAUCGCGACGCGACUGUUUACCCCGCAUUCCUGCGCGUUCGUCAUGCUGCCCAAUACGCCACGCUCUAUUGCUGCUCGUGCUCUUCCCCGGAUACACAGGGUUCCAACCGGAAGGCUUUCCUCUGCUGCUCUCACACAACAUCUACGCCCACCAGCGGGCUCGGCUGCUUGCCGGAGCCUGCCACUUUCGGUCGAGCAGGCGGGGGGCGUUCGUACGCAGUCAAGAGGAUUCGCGACUCCCGCGUCAGACAGCUCCUUCACGACAUUGCAACCUUCUGCACGCAAACCUCUCUUCGACAAGAUACUCAUCGCGAACAGAGGUGAAAUCGCAUGUCGUGUCAUUCGCACCGCCAGAAAGCUAGGUGUCAAGACCGUCGCUGUCUACAGUGAAGUAGAUGCGAGCUCGUUGCACGUACAAUUGGCGGACGAAGCAUAUUGCAUAGGUCCUGCACCGUCGUCUGAGAGUUAUCUCCGUAUAGACAAGAUUAUAGACGUCUGCAAGCGGAGCGGCGCGCAGGCUGUGCACCCAGGUUAUGGGUUCCUCAGCGAGAAUGCCGGAUUUGCAGAGCAACUUGCGCGAGAGGGGAUUGUCUUUAUAGGUCCUCCCGCAAGCGCGAUCGUUAGUAUGGGCUCUAAGAGCGAGUCCAAGAACAUUAUGUCAGCUGCUGGAGUGCCAGUGGUACCAGGAUACCAUGGUACCAACCAGGACCCGGAUUUCCUCCAGCAGGAGGCGUCUCGUAUCAGUUAUCCUGUUCUAAUCAAGGCCGUGCACGGUGGUGGCGGCAAGGGUAUGCGUAUUGUGAACGCCGCAAGCGAGUUCCACGAAGCACUAGAGUCUGCACAGCGCGAGGCGCGCAAAUCGUUCGGCAACGCGGACGUGCUUGUCGAGAAGUACAUCGAGCGCCCGCGGCAUGUCGAGGUGCAAGUCUUCGCGGAUCAGUUGGGGGACUGCGUUAGUUUGUGGGAGCGUGAUUGCUCUGUCCAGCGACGGAACCAGAAGAUUAUCGAGGAGGCGCCUGCCCCGGGGUUGUCACCAGAGUUGAGGGCAGACUUAAGUGCGAAGGCCGUUGCGGCUGCGAAGGCGGUGAACUAUGUCGGCGCGGGGACCGUGGAGUUUAUCUUCGACAACGACACAGAGAAGUUCUACUUUAUGGAGAUGAACACACGGUUGCAGGUGGAGCAUCCGGUAACAGAAAUGAUCACCGGUCUUGACCUCGUAGAGUGGCAGCUAGAGGUCGCCUCAGGCAACCCGCUACCCCUCGCUCAGUCCUCCAUCGCACUCGUUGGCCACGCAUUCGAAGCACGCAUAUACGCUGAAAACCCCCGUAAUAACUUCCUCCCUGAUUCCGGGCAGCUCCUCUACCUUUCCACACCCGAGCCGACCCACGUUUUUGCGCCUUCCGUCGCAGAGCACAGUCUUGCGUCCCCGUCUGGUAGCAACGAGUUUACCCCGGUCGUCAACGCGUCCGCCGCGCUCGCGCCCGUCGUGCGGCUCGAGCAGGGGUUUGAGCAGGGCGCGCAGAUUGGGGUGUUCUACGACCCGAUGAUCGCGAAGCUCGUUGUACACGGGCGUGACCGGACGGAGGCGCUGCGAAUGCUGAGGGGUGCGUUGGAGGAGUACCGGGUCGUGGGCGUUGCGACGAACGUCGAGUUCUUGCGGACACUCGCGGGAAAUGAGGCGUUUGUGAGGGCGGAGGUUGAGACAGGUUUCAUUCCGAAACACUUCGACGAGCUCUUCCCGCCGAUCCCGGAGCCGUCGCAUGAGGUGCUCGCGCAAGCCGCACUCUUCGUCGUUCUCCGCGACCACCCCGUCCCGACGUCACCAUCCCCAUGGAGUACACUCGCCUCGCGGCGGUUCGGUGGCGACGUCUACGAGCGCACCAUCGCGAUCCAGUCCGAGGAUACGAGCGCGCCCCCGAUGAGUGUGCACGUCCAGUCUCGCCCCGGCGGCCUCUUCGACAUCACGACGCACACUGCGUCCGGCACGCACACCUUCCACAGCGUCUCCGCGCACCUCGCGUCCCCGACGACCGUCGCGAGCACGCUCGACGGCGCGCGCCGGCGCACGACGGUCGUCGCGCAGCCGGGCUCGGCGGAGCGCCUGCACGUGUUCGACGGCGCGCGGAAGACGGCGCUCGUGCUGCCGCCCCCGGCGUGGGUGCUCGCGCUCGGGGGCGAGGCGGGCGGUGCGGGGAAGGGCGCGUUGAGGGCGCCGAUGCCGAGUGUGGUCGUGGAGGUGCGUGUGGAGGUGGGCGAGCGCGUGGAGGCGGGGCAGCCGGUCGUGGUGCUAGAGAGCAUGAAGACGGAGACUGUGUUGAGGGCGCCGGUCGCGGGUGUUGUGAGGGUGGUGGGGUGUGUGAAGGGGGAGAUGGUUGAGGAGGGAAGGGAGCUUGUUGAUGUGGAGGAGGAUGUGGAUGCGGAGGGGGCGAAGGUGUGAGUGCCAGUGGGCACGUGUAUUGUUGUAUGAUUGAAUUGGUGCUGGAUGGACGGCGACGUUGUGCAUGCGGGACGGAUCGGAUGUCUUAUAUAUACUUGUACAGGAUAGCAAUACAUGGAAUGAAACCCGACACCGUUGGGUGACUCUGCC